GCCACACAAAGCUUGAUAUUACUAAUCCAGCCCUCAUUGAGAGAUAUAGAUGUACAAACGAUGUUACCUCAACAGAGAGCUGCAGUCUCAGUCGUGUUCUUUUUCUUGUGGUUGUCUCCAACCUCAGCCAAUGAAUGUGGUUGCUCACUAGUGACGACCUUUAUGGCACUGAUUUCCGGUGAGUACAGUAAUGCUGGAGAUUUAGGACGGGAACGCCCCCCUCCAGCACAAGACGAAGUGAACCUCAUUUUAUAUGAGGUGGACAUUCCGGCAUUCAAACCUGACCGAGUGUUGUACUUUGAAGAGAGACUUAACUCAAAUGUUCUGAGACAAGAGGUUAUUGUCGUCGGUGUUUCAGACGAGGGUUUCAUCCAGACUCUCUCUCACAACUUCACACUACCUGCAGGGUCCGGUAACUUCAGUACCUCGCUACUGAGUGACCUGCCCCUAUCCGCCUUCUCAUCCCGCCCUGAGUGUGUGUCCAUAUACCGACCUAUGGAGUACAACAUCUUUAUCGGAACUUAUCCUGACUGCACAGGGCACUUUGAUGGGUUUAUGUACCAGCAAGUCGCAUCUUACGCUGUUAUGUUAAGCUGUAACUCUAUCGCAACUGUGACAAGUUUCAACCUAUUCCCUGAGGCGUCCAGCCAUAUUCCCUACUCUAUGUGGAAAAUUAGCAGCUUGCCACUGUUAAGUUACGGUUCUUGUGGUGAAUCUAUUCUAGAUGACAUUUGCACCUGUUGACGCAAUUUCCACAUUGACACGAAUGGCGGUGAAACUGAUAAUUUUUAAAUGUGUUUAACUUUUUGAGUUUAACACAAUGAAAU